AAAUUUAAAGCAUAUGUGGGACCGCACUCCCAGGGGCACAGAAAAUAGAAUUCCAUAUGUGGGACCGUACCACUCAAAGGGUUAAAAGCUUUAUCGAAAAAAUGUAAAAGCACAAAAAAACAAUCAUAAUAUUUCAUGAGUUUUAUAUGUUUUAUAAUGACGAAAUUAUUCUUUCUUGAUGCAAGAAAAAUCAGCAGACACUAAAAGUUAAAGCAAACAUAAAAAGCAAAAGCUGAAACGAAUGAGACAAAUAUGUCUUUGUUGACUAACAAUAAAGUAUUUGAAGAGAAUAAAAUUCAAAACGCAGUCAGUUGCAAAGCUAAUUGAAAGUACACUGUUAGCGAUUUCUGUAAAUUACACAGUAUUUAACUGUAAUAUGAACUGUACUUUACUGUAGAACAGUUAUACAGUAUGUUACUGUAUUUUAAAGUUGCAUUAUGGGAAGUAUCCUCUUGGCGCCAAUAAAAUACAGUAUUUUUAUUUUACUGUAAAUCCAAAUACAGUAAAAAAAAAAUAAAAAAAAAAAGCGCGAAAUCUGACCAAUGACAGAAAGGCUUUCUUUCCUCUGGGAGAGAAGAAAAGGAAGAGCACACACAAGAACCCCCAGCUGCCAUCAAACGUAUGUACAAUAUUCCUGGUUUUUAAUUACAUAUUUAAUGUCAGUGUAUUUUUGGGUUAUUAAUGGUUUAAUUAAAAAGAAAAUACUAAUAAAAAUGCUGUCUCUUCACGACGCGCAGUCACACUUUACAGUGUACGUCAAUGGUAGAGAGCUUUGUGGCGGAUACUCAUUCUAGAUUGAGGAGAACGUUCUGUGCAAAACAAAUAUCUUUAUUUCUUUUCUUUCCUUUUUUGUAGGAAGUUUUACCGUCAAAGUGUGAACAUAAACAGGUCUGUCUUGGUUUUGACCACGUUGCUAGCAGGUGAGUUUUUUUGUUAACUUGUAUGAAAUUGUUGACCAAGAAUCCGGGCUUUUAAAGGUUUAAAGCUGGUUUAAAAUAGUCAUUUCGUUGUGGUUUUUAAUCAUUAUGAAAUCGCUUGAUGCUUACGUUACCUAUUAACCCCAUAUAAGCGUGUAAAUGUACAGCAUGCAUUUAAUGCUAACGUUAGCAUAAAACCCGCAAUGUUCGUCUACAAACACUGUGGCAUCUCUGUGGAGACAUUAUAUGCAUUUAUUAAUCAUGCCAAAAACUUGGCGAAUUCCAGGUUUUCGUGUAACGUUACAGUGCCUGAAUGCUUAUGCACGUUCUUAAGCCUCUCUGCACUUGUCGCACAUGUACCGCAAAACUAACAAACUGAUCUGAACACCAUCUCAUCUGAAUUCUAGAGGCAGCGCGGGAGGCUGUACAUUCGUGUCGACUAAAUUCUUCAGCAUUUGUGAACACUGGACACCUAAGAUGGCACAUUUUAGAUGGUAAGAAUAAACUUAAUGUCCAGUUAGUAACUGUAAAACAUAUUUUAAAGUCAUCAUUUUCAGCACACAGCAUAAAUGUGAUUUUGAGAAAUCUGUGUAGAUAUUAAUGUUACUGUGCUUUCUGCUGCUGUGCCAGAUGUGAAUACUGAUGUAGCUGUCCUGUUGUUGAUGGCCCACUUUAAAAGAAGCAGAGGAUUUGCUGUUCCUUUUGGCCAGUGUCACAACAACAGCAGCAGAUGCAAAGACCAGGCUUUCACUUCCUUCUACUCUGAUCAUACUUGGUAAGAUCUUUUAGUACAUGUUUUAGUGAUGUUAAAGGGAUGGUUUUUAAAAAUAAAGCUUUUGCCACACUUUUUUCAUGACUCUCCAGUGUUUCCCACACAUAGACGAAUCUGUGGCGGUGCGCCACAGAUUAAAUUCCGACCGCCACAGAUUCAACACCGACCAAAAAAAAAAAAAAAAAAAAAAAUACCGACCGUCACAUAUUGCGUUUCGUUAUUCUUUUGUACGCUAUUUAAAACACGCAGCGAAUUCGUUCAACUGCAUUUCCUUUCCCUGCUCUCUCUUCAUCUCUCUGUCACUCACGCGUCUCUCCCUCACACACACACACACGCACACAGCCCCUCCCCUCCGUGCACACCACAUCUGUCUGGAUCAUCUGUGGAGAGAAGACGGCUGGCGAAAGAUAAGACUUUGGCAACAUCCAAAAGCAGCAGACACAGGGGCACUGGAUUCAACCCUGAGUGGUUGAACAUGCCUCAGUUCAUGUCAUGGUUGUACGACACACAGCAUGGGAUGUUUUGUAGACUGUGCAGGCAGCACAAGCCUGCGCCUAAGAAAGGUGCCACAAAGAGGGCUUUUGUUGAGAUCGGGGCUCUUUCAUAUAGAAAAGACUAUGUAGAGCGGCACAUCACCACAGAGCACCACCAGGAGAGCAUCAGAUGCCAGGCAUCUCUUGCAUCUGGUGUCUCUGUAAUGGACUCUUUUGAGCCUACUGUUGUGGUAGAGCACGAGGCCAUCAUUGGUGGCUUCAAGUGCCUCUACUGGCUUGUGAAAAAUGAAAAGGCCCACCAUACCAACUACCCAAAGCUUCUGAGCCUGGCAGAGCUUUUAGGGUGUGACUACUUUAAGAAGUUAAAGAUUGACCAGAGGAAUAAUUACAGAUCUCAUAGAAUUAUUGAUGAGAUGCUUGAGAUUUUAUCUCAAGAAAUUGAGGAGCCUAUCCUGAUGGCCAUAAGGUCAUCACAGGCAAUUAGUCUAGAAAUAGACGAAAGCACAGAUGUGUCUGUGUCCAGGCAGCUCGAUCUUCAUGUCAGAUACAUGGAUAAAGAGGGAAAGACAUUUAAUCAAUUUCUAGAUCUUGUCAGUGUUCCGGAUGGAAAAGCUGACACCAUUGUGUCAGCUGUUAAAAAAGUACUAUUGGAAAAAGGUAUCCCAACAGAGAGGCUGUAUGGGCUAGGGACUGAUGGGGCAGCCGUAAUGACAGGGCGUGUGAAUGGGGUGGAAAAGCAGCUAACAGACAGCUUCCCUAAACUUGUAACCGUGGCCUGUGCUGCCCACAGGCUGGCCCUGGCCUGCAAAGACUCAUCCAACAAUGUAAAAUACAUGGCCACUUUCAGGGACCACCUGCAGGACCUCUAUUUAUAUUUCAGAAAUAGUGCAAAUCGUACUGCCACUCUCAAGGCUGCAUCCACCACCCUGGGUGUCAGUGACUUAAAGCUAACGGAAGUGAAGGACACACGCUGGCUCUCACAGCACAAGGCCAUUGAGACCCUACAAAGGAACCUGAGUGCUGUCCUGGGAGCGUUGGCAGAGGAGGCAGAGGUGCGCAAAUGUCCUGGAGCAAAGGGCCUCUACACAUUCUGUGCUACCUACAGAUUCGUGGCUGCCGUGUACCUCCAGGCCGAUGUUUUGCCCCACCUCGCCUGCCUGUCUAAGGUCUUCCAGAAAGCACAUAUAAAUUUUUUACAUAUCAAAGAGCAGGUUCCUGUGACAAUCCAGACUCUUAGAGACAUCAAAGAGGCUGCUGGACAAACUCCACUCCCUGGAUCCUUCCUGUCUCGCCUCCAUCAGGACCUUGAUGAUCCCCAAGGACUUGGAGCCUACAACAUACAGCACGAGGAGGAGAGGGAUAGGAGAGGGCAAGAGGUCCAAGAUGAGUCAAGGGAGGGGCAUUGAGCCAGAUUCCAGCGAGAGGUCAUUCACCCUUACAUAACUGGCCUGGAAACAAAUCUGGAGAAGAGAUUCCAUAAUCUGGACAUCCUUGGAGCCUUCCAUGUCUUGGGGCCACAAUCAGCUGCUCUAACAGACGAUACGAUGAACAUCUCUCAUCUGCAGACUCUUUCCAGGAAAUUUUGCCCUCAACAUGAGAAGGAAGUCAUUCAAGAGUGGCUCUCGUUCAAGAACCAUGUCCUUACUGGGAUAUUCAAGAACAAGAACCAGGAGGAGCUCUUGAGUUUACUGGCAAGUGAGUUUGAUGAGUGGGCCAACCUGUACCCCUGCCUGAGCCUUCUUGCAAGCAUUGCUCUGGUUAUCCCUGUUUCCUCUGUGAACUGUGAACGGGAUUUUUCAACAAUGAACAGGGUAAAAACAGACCUCAGGAACAAACUCCAAGGAGAACACCUGGCAGCUUGCCUGAGGAUCUCUAUCAAUGGAGCCUGUCCUGAGGACUUUCCAUAUGAUAGGGCUUUAGAAUCUUUUUUAAGGAAGCCCCGCAAAAUAAGGUGCCCUAACAAAAGUUGCAGACUGUGCAGCAAGUAGGCUGUUGUAUAUGGUGUUGAAUUAAUGUAAUAAAGUUCUGUGUAACCAAUUAUUAACAGUUUUUUUAACCUUUAGGAAUUAGGAAAUCCCUUUAGGGGGUCCAAUCGUAUGCCCUAUCCAAUCGUUCUUUUCACCUGCAAC